AUGUUGACCGAACCGUGUGGAACCAUGUCACUGGGCUCAGAUGUUCGCGAUCUGACCCUUUUACAACCUGUGCCUCCUGUGCCAUCCUUACCAGGAGCUGGUGGCGGCUGUGGGAUGUCUGUUGGCGGGGGCCCGUGGACCCAGAUGCUGGACCUCCACCCUGGCUCUCCAUACAGCUCCCUGCCCUCCCACCAUUCCCUUAUCAAGCAGGAGCCUGGCUGGGGCACCGCCGAUCCGAUAGAGGACCCUCACUGUGGACUUGGGGCCUUCACAGUGCAUUUCACUGGCCAAUUUACAGGCUCAGGCCCCUGUCGGACCGGGGCCUUUGGAGAACCACCUUCAAACCAGCCAAGAAUGUUUCCCAAUGGAACCUACCUGCCCAGCUGUGUGGACAGCCCUCCUACACCUAGGAAUCAGGGUUAUGGAGCAGUCGGUUUAGACAGCAAUCCCAGUUACGGUCACACGCCGUCUCACCACACUCCUCAGCUCUCCAGCCUGUCAUUCAAACACGAGGAGACACUGUCACCGCCAAACAGCAUAGUUGACCAGCAAUUUCCAGCGCCUAAUCCUAUGUUCGGCUGCCAUAAUCCUUCAGACUCUUGUCCAAGCAGCCAAGCGCUGCUGCUGCGAAAUUACAACAGUGAUAACCUGUACCAAAUGGCAUCUCAGCUGGAGUGUGUAACAUGGAACCAAAUGAACUCCCUGGCAUCAUCUAUAAAGAGCGGCCAUCCAACCAGCUAUGACAGUGACCCCAUAGCCCCACCUCCACCCAUGCUUGUCAGCACCCAGUACCACAUACACACCCACGGCGUCUUCAGAGGACUUCAGGAUGUCAGACGGGUAUCUGGUAUCACUUCCCCUGUUGCGAAGACUUCAGAGGCCAGUGAGAAGAGACCUUUUGUGUGCGCUUAUCCCGGCUGCAGCAAGAGAUACUUCAAACUGUCCCAUCUGCAGAUGCAUGGCCGCAAACACACAGGAGAGAAACCAUACCAGUGUGAUUUCACAGACUGUGGCCGCAGAUUCUCUCGCUCGGACCAGUUAAAGAGACACCAGCGCAGACACACAGGGGUGAAGCCCUUUCAGUGUGAGACGUGUCAGAGAAAGUUUUCACGGUCAGAUCAUCUUAAGACACACACUCGGACUCAUACAGGUAAAACAAGUGAGAAGCCCUUUACAUGCCGCUGGUCCAACUGUCAGAAGAAGUUUGCCCGCUCUGACGAGCUGGUGCGCCACCACAGCAUGCACCAGAGGAACCUGACCAAGCUGCAGCCUGCCAUCUGA